CCUCGCUGGACAAGGUGGUCCUAUCGGAUGCCUACAGUCACCCCCAGCAGAAGGUGGCAGUGUACAGGGCUCUGCGGACCGUAUUGGCAGCAUUCCUUGUCCAAGACCCCUUCCCAGUAACUACCUCUCAGGUGCCCCUUUCCCAUGUCAGGGCAAAGGUGAUAGGGGAUUGAAGCCAGUUGGGGGAUCUCACUGUGGCACCAGACCAGUGAGCCCUUCUACUUCAGGGGCCGCGGGAGCCCCACUUGGUGGAGGCCAAAGAUCUGAGACCUCCUACCCCUUUCCUGCCUGGCUGGCUGCCUACCCAGAUAACUUGGCUGCCCAGGGUAUUCUCUGCAAAUCCUCUUUCCAUGUCCGUUUUGCCUACCCUAACUUGGGGCUAGGAUGUCACUCACUCCCCGUGAUAAGUCCUGGUCUUCAUUCUGGUAUCCCAGCCCCCUCUCCCUCCCCCGGCUGGGAGCUCUGGGGUUACUGCGUGCGCCCCUAGGUCUGGGAGUAGGAAGGGAGAAUGACUGCGGGCUUCACCCUUCUUCUAACGGCUUGGAGGACGGCCCGGCAUGGGGACCGCCUGGCGCCUGACUGCCUGCCUCCGCAGAGAGCGGGAGCCCAGAGGUGUUACAGAUGCUCAAGAUCCACCGCAGCGACCAGCAGCUGAUUGUGCAGCUGCGUUUCUGCGGACGCCAGCCCUGCGCCCGCUUCCUCCAAGCCUACCGCGAGGGGGCGCUGCGCACCACGCUGGAGGGCUGCUUGGCUGGGGCGCUGGCCCUGCACUCGGUGCCUUUGCAACUGGAGCUGCGCGCUGGUGGAGAGCUGCUGGACGCCUUGAUGACAGAUGAGGAGCGUUGUUUGAGUUGCAUCUUUGCCCAGAAGCCUGACAGGCUCCGGGAUGAGGAACUUGCUGAGUUGGAGUCUGCGCUCCAGAAUCUGACGUGCGGCUCUGGAGGCCAAGGUGGCAACGUGGAGGUAGCUCCAGUCCCUUUCCAGUCCCUGGCUUCCUCUCCAUCGGUGGAGAAGCCACCACCGCCGCCACCUGGCCAGACUUUUCUGUUCCAGGGUCAGCCCAUAGUGAACCGACCAUUAAGCCUGCAGGACCAACAGACUUUUGCACGUUCAGUGGGCCUCAAAUGGCGCAAGGUUGGACGCUCCCUGCAGCGAGGCUGUCGUGCACUACGGGACCCUGUACUCGACUCCCUGGCCUAUGAAUACGAGCGGGAGGGGCUAUACGAGCAGGCCUUCCAGCUGCUCCGCCGUUUCAUUCAGGCUGAGGGCCGCCGAGCCACACUGCAGCGCCUGGUGGAGGCGCUCGAGGAGAACGAGCUCACCAGCCUGGCAGAGGACUUGCUAGGCCUGACAAAUCCAGAUGGCAGCCUGGCCUAGGCUGGGUACCAGAUAAAAAAAAAAAGGUGGUCAGCCAGUUGCCCAGCCAGAGUUUGGAGCACCUGGAUGACCCUAGGGUCCCUUCUGCUGCUACUGCUGACCUGUCCAACCACAGGACUUACAACCCUACUUAGUCGAGCUGCUGGGAAGAGUUGACUGGCCUUCUCAAGGAGUCAGACAAGCACCCCCCAUGCCUGCUGAAGUGCCACUGGGGAUUCUGCUCCAGAAACUGCCAUAGAGACAGAACAUGGGGGUGAUCUGCAGAGGUCAGCCUCACCUCACCCAUCCCAGAAGAGGGGCUUCCAGCCAGCCAUUACCUCUGCUCUCACUGAAUACGCAUCAGGCACCUCCCGUAUUUUAGGCUUCAUCCUGAGUACUGCAAAUACUGUGAUGAACAAGAUCAACAAAUUCUGCCUGCCCCCAGUUCACAUUCAAUGUGGAAUUCCAAAUAUUAAGCAAUGGCAAUAAAACAUUACCUCUUU